CAGCGAGGGGCGAAGGGAGGGCAGAGGAGGGACGGGUGACCCGUGCCGGGCGAAAAUCCUGGCGGGCCUUGUCCGGGCGCGCCCCGCUCUCUGGACGGCUGGGAGGAGGGAGGGGAGGGCGGCCUGGCGGCCGCAAGGCGGGGCAACGGCUGCCGCCCGCUCCUCCCGCUGCUCCCGCUGCCCCCGGCGCCGCGGUUGCUGUCGCAGGUGGCUCUGCGGGGCCAGUUAGCGGUCGGAGCUGGCGUUUGUCACCCGCUGGCCAGCGUGGGUGCCCCGCCGGGUGGGAGCGCUUCCUCCGGUGCCCACCUCUGCCGGCGGAGAGCAGGAGCGGCGGCCGCCCGGGCGUUCCAGCCGCCAAGGGACCCGUGUCUCUUUACAGGGGGUGGGGGAUCCUUCCAGGUCGUGCGGUGUUGGGGAAAGUAACAGGUAAUCGUGGACUUGAGGGGAUUUCUGCCCCUCUUUCGUUUUCGCUGUCCAUAGAGGGGGCAGAGCUGCCCUCUGUGCCGCAGUGCAGUUCUGGGCUCCUCAGUACAAGAGAGAGAGAUGGAUGUCCAGUGGAGGGCUGUGAAAGAUGAUUAAGGGACUGAAACAUCUCUUUUAUGAAGAGAAGGCUGGGGGAGUUGGGCCUGUUCAACUUCGAGAAAAGACUGCUGAGAGGGGACCUCAAUCUCUAUAAGUGUCUAAAUGGAGGGUGUCAAGAGGAUGGACCAGGCUCUCCUUGGUGGUGCCCGAGCAAUAAGACUAGAGGGAACGGGCAGAAACUGAUGUACAGGAAGCUCCAUCCGAACAUGAGGAGGACUAUCUCUACUGUGCAGGUGAACGAACUGGAACUGAUUGACCAGAGAGGCUGUGGAGUCUCCCUAACUGGAGAUACUCAAAAACUGCCUGGACACAAUCCUGUGUUGUGUGCUCUGGGAUGACCCAGCUUGAGCAGGGAGGUUGGACCAGAUGACCCACUAUGUUCCCUUCCAGCCUUACCCAUUCUGUGAUUCUGUGGGUCAGGCAGUGCUUCUCCAGUGUUUAGAUGGGAUGGUGGAGGCUUCUUAUGCAUUGGCUGCAAAUAUAUUAGGAAAGAAGUCGUGAAUGUUGGACAUGUAGUCUAACAUGGAAUGUCUGUCUUGGUACCAAAAAUGUAGAGCACCCCCCUGCUGUGUCUGAGGCUGGGCUUCUGACUUCAGCCCUCUGAAAUACCUCCCUUUAUGUACAACAGAUAGUGUUGUACUUCCUUCAUAGUUAUUAACUGCCAGUGCUAAUUUGUAAUUGUACUGCUAUUUUUGUGACUGUUAAAUGUAGUGUGCUAUACAUCAGCUAAAGACUUCAGGUAUUCUCUUCUUCCCUUUGCUUCUUCCUGUAUCUUGUGUUCAUCCUGCCACAGGUCUGCUCUGAUGUCUUUGCUUUAUCUCUGUUUUGCCAGCUGGGUGAAAGGCAGGGUUAUAGCUGGGCUAGGUCCAAAGUUUUUGAAGUGGAUGUCCCACAAGACAGAUGGGACACCUUCCUACCUUAUGUGGAUACCAGGCCAGCAAGGGCUCCUAGGAAGCCAGUGAUGUGGGUUUGGUGACAGCAGGUUGCCUGUGUCAGCUCUGGAUGAACCAAGCUGUGACCAGCCAGGUAGGGAAAAGGAAACAGUUGUGGAGCUCCACUAUGGUGAAUGCUGUGGAAAGAUAGGCCACUGAUUAAGUUGGACAUGGGUGAACAUCAGUGAAUGCAGCCUCUGCCUUCCUAUCCUUUGAUGUGUACAGGAGGAAGAUUUUAAUGGAACAGCAGAUUCAAGGAAUACUUGUCUUCGUAUUUGGGUGAUGGAUACCAAGAGCUUGUAUGUGACUGUUUCCUGGUCUGAGUAAUUUGGGCAUGAAGGCAUGUUUUUGUAGUAAACCAAGAGUAGCAUAGCAAAAGUACUCAUGGGUAAGAGAAAGGAAGAAAGUGUUCCGAAUCCUGGGUCUCAGAAAAGACAGAGAAAAGAAUACACAGAUGUAAAUACUGAUGAUGGUAGUGCCUCUUCACAGUUGCCUGACGGUGAAGUUGGCAUAAUUGAAAGUAUCCAGCUGAAGAACUUCAUGUGCCAUUCAAAUCUGGGGCCUUUUCAGUUUGGAUCAAAUCUCAAUUUCGUUGUUGGAACCAAUGGCAGUGGAAAAAGUUCAGUAUUAACAGCACUAAUUGUUGGACUUGGUGGAAAAGCCACUGCAACUAACAGAGGUUCCUCAUUAAAAAUGUUUAUUCAAAAAGGAGAGACUUCUGCGGAUAUUUCCAUAACUUUGCGAAACCAGGGAAGAGAUGCAUUUAAGCCAGAAUUGUAUGGUACCUCUAUUACUGUGAAUCAGCACAUUAAUCAGGAUGGAAGCAGAACUUGCAAACUGAGAAGCAAAUCUGGGAGCAUAAUUUCUUCAAAGAAAGAGGAACUCAUAGGAAUCCUGGAUCACUUUAAUAUACAGGUAGAUAAUCCUGUGUCUGUUUUAACCCAAGAGAUGAGCAAACAGUUUUUACAGACUAAAAAUGAAGGUGACAAGUACAAGUUUUUUAUGAAGGCAACUCAGCUGGAACAAAUGAAAGAAGAUUAUUCAUUUAUUGGGAAAACUAAAAAAAAUACUCGUGUUCAGAUAGAACAAGGGGAAGAGCGUCUUGAAGAACUUAAGAAGCUUUAUUUGGAAAAGAAGGAAAUUUUCAAAAGUAUUGCAUUUGUGAAUGACAUGCAAAGUCGUCUCAAAGAUUUGAAACAUCAAAUGGCGUGGGCAGUGGUGAGUGAGAUGGAAAAAGAAAUAGAGCUGCUCAAAGAAGGCAUCAGAGCUGAAGAAGGAAAUACAGAGUUCCUUCAGAAGGUAGAAGAAUGCCAGGCAAAAGUGAAUGAAGCAGAAAAAAAGUACAAAGCAAUACAAGACAAAUUGAUAACAGUAAGUGAAGAAGCACAAGCCCUUCAUCCUCAGUAUAUUUCUUUGAAGGCUGAAGUGCAGGCAAAAAGAAAAGCAGUCAAUGAAACUGAGAUCAUUUGUAAUCGUUCCAAAACAGAGUUAAAACGUCUGGAAAAAGACAGUACACAGCUAUGUAAACGAAUUGAAGAACUGAAAAGCUGUGCUAAUCAGGUUUCAGAGCCUGAGAAAUUGGAAAGACAAAGGAGAAUUGCAUACCUAAGGGAACAGUUAAAGGCAUACCAUGAUGAAGAAAUAAUGAUUGAUCAGCAGGUGGAUCAGUUUCAGCAGGCUAUAUCUAAGUGUAGGGAAGAACAUUCUAGACUCAGGAGAGAAAGAAGUGAAGUGCAACAAGCACUGGAUGCCCAGCAGAAACAGUUGAGAGACCUGAAAGAUAGUAAAACAAACACUUUGAAAAGAUUUGGACCACAUGUACCAGCAUUUCUUGAGGCACUUGAAGUAGCCUAUAAACAAGGACGCUUUAGAAAGAAACCUCUUGGACCUUUAGGUGCUUUGAUUCACCCAAAAGAUCCUGAACUGAUCUUGGCUAUCGAAUCCUGUUUAAAAGGCCUACUUCAGGCAUUUUGCUGUGAUAAUCAUAGCGAUGAAAGAACUCUUCAGUUACUGAUGUCAAAAUAUUAUGCACGUGGACAUAGACCUCAAAUAAUUGUAAAUAAAUUUCAGAAUAAAAUUUAUGAUACUAGUCAGAGAGCUGUUCACCAUCCAGAAUUCCCGUCAGUUCUGACAGCAUUGGAAAUAGAUAAUCCAGUGGUUGCCAAUUGCUUGAUCGAUAUGAGGGGUAUAGAAACAGUCCUGCUGAUUAAAAGUAACCGUAGGGCUCGUGAAGUAAUGCAGUGCAAUCGGCCUCCAAAAAACUGUAAAGAAGCUUUCACUGCUGAAGGUGAUCAGGUAUUUGAACGACGGUAUUACUCUUCCAAUUUUGUCAGACCCAAGUUCCUAAGUCAAGAUCUUGAAGCAGAAAUCAGUCACUUGGAUAAAGAAAUUGAAAAUAAAAGGGCACAGUUGACAACAUCUCAGCAACGCUUACAUUCCAUUGAAAAUGAAAUUAGGCAGAAUGAAGAUCAUCUCUAUGGUCAUCGGAGACACCAAAAACAACUACAGGUAAAAGUACGAACAGCAAAUGCAGAGAUAGCAGACCUUGAAAACGUGGAAGAGCACCAGUCAGCGGACAUCCAUAUAUUACAAGAAGAAGCUGAAGAAAAUAAGAGUAGGAUGGAGAGUGUAAAACAAGAUAUGCAGCUACAAAGCAGAGAAAUGCAAGAACAGAAAAAUAUUCUCCAAGCAGCUGAAAAAAAAUUAGAAGAAGUGAAAGAAAAAAUUCAUCAAGUAGAAGAAAUUGCUGCCCCGAUUAAGGCUGAAUUGAACCAGGCUGAGUCAGAAGUGGAGAACAGUAAACGCCAUUUGCAGCACUAUGAAGACAAGCAGAGAGAACAUGUGGCUUGCAUAAAUAAGCACAAAGAUUUACUAGUUUCCAAAGGAAAGGAAUUAGAGGAGAAAAUGGCAAAAGCAAGGCAAAUCUUCUCAGACCGCAUCAAGGUCAGCAGAACUGUUAAAAGUCUUGAUGCAGAAAUGAAUCGCUUGAGAGAGAAGAUAAAUUCAGAAAGCAGUCACCGUGGAAACAGAGAAGAAAUAAUCCAGCAAUUUCAUUAUGCAAAGGAAAGAUACGAGGAUGCAAGCAAUAAAGUAAAGAAUUUAAGGAGAUUUAUUGCUGUGCUGGAUGAAGUAAUGACAGAAAGGCUCAAAGUGUAUCGGCAAUUCCUAAGGAGCCUUUCUAUGCAAUGCAAACUCCACUUUGAGCAAUUAUUACGUCUUCGAGGUUGCUCUGGACAUAUAGUUUUUGAUCACAAGAAUGAGACACUUUCCAUAACAGUUCAGCCUCGAGAGGAAGAAAAAGCUGCCCGUAGUGAUCUAAGAUCUUUAUCAGGAGGUGAACGUUCCUUCUCCACAGUUUGUUUCAUUCUUUCUCUGUGGAACAUUUCUGAAUCUCCUUUCAGAUGCAUGGAUGAAUUUGAUGUCUUCAUGGAUAUGCUUAACAGAAGAAUUGCUAUUGAUAUGAUUCUGGAGAGAGCUGACUUUCAGCGACAUCGACAGUUUAUUUUGUUCACCCCCCUGAGCAUGAGUUCUCUGCCUACGAGUCCCCAUAUUCGAAUCCUACGCAUGCCAGACCCUCCAAGAGACCAAAGAACACUGAAUUUUCAAAAUAGGAAUGACAGAGAUGAAGAUCAAUAAGUAUCUCUGUAUGAAUAUGGUAUAAUAUUGAAGAUAAAUGUGGAAUAAUAUAUGUAAAACUAUUGCUUCCUGAUUCUGAAAAAGAUUACAAUUUGUUAGAUACUCUCAGGAAGAUAUUUCUGUAUUAUUAUUAUUAAUUAUUUUUUAAAGGAUUACUGUGUGUGCACAGAACAAGAAUAAGCACAGUUUGGAUGAGGAGAAAAUUUUGAAUGUUCUGUUAAUAUUUUUAGCUACCAAUUAUAGAAUUUUUUUAUCUGUUGUUCUGAUUUUUUCUUCUGGAAAAGUUGAAAUAUAUUUUGUAUAACUAUAAAAUAAUAUUUUAAUAAACUGUUUGAACUGA